AUGGUUGAAAUCCGAGAGUUGCAUGCAGAUGCGAUGCAGUGCAGUGCAGCAGCGAUACAGCACCGUACAGGUUACAGCAGAUACCGUAGUCGCCGCAAAGUUGCAGACCGCGAUAGUGCAUUGCGCGGCGGUGAUGAUGAUGAUAACAAUACAAUGGUGGGAGCGAGUGCGAGAGAGUGGUGGUCAAGCGCGCUCUACUACUGUACGUACAGUAAGUACUCUACCCAAGAACUUUGCAUGUCCAAGUACAGUUCUAAGUACACUUCUUCCUACACUGCACUGCGACUCGCGAGACCCGAGUCCGUACGACUCGGCCGUUUCAGAACGGAACACAUCUCCUCCGUCCAGCUGCCAGUGCCGGUGCCAGAUCCAAGAUGGAUCAUCCGGAUUGUUGGCUAUCAUCAUUCAACUCUCAUCAUCCAUCCUUCAUGAUCACCACCCAUCAUCUGGCCAUGUCGUCAGACGCAGACACCACUCGCCAAAAGUGUUGA